CUGAGGGAAGCCCUGAAUGCUCAGAAGCACGCAGAGAGAGCCGCCAUGAGGGAUCACUUCAGGAAGAAGUACCAGCUCUCCAAGAGUUCCAAGGACACCAGCCACCUGAGUGCGGCGCAAGGGAAAGUGGCACUCCCCCGUCAACUGGCUAAACUGAUUGGUCCUGAGACCCCGGCCAAGGACGAUGGCUACAGCCUGCUGAGCGCCUUCCAAGGCCUCAACUUCAACAUGGGGAUGCUUGGAGGCAAGCAGACCAAGUCGUCCACUCCAAUGUCAGUCAACGGAGAGGCCUGCAAAGUCAUGUGAUCAAAGAGAACAUACUAGAUACUACACAGAAUCAACCUGCAACAUGCUAAAAACAUGCAUUAUGCCUAAAUGAUGAAGAAUAACAUUUUAACACAACGUAGUAGCAGAUUGGAGGGAACACAUUGACAGACGACUUUGUCACAGUUGCUCCUCUAUCCCUUUAUCUCCUUAUCUGUCUUUAACUCUCUCUUCCCCCCUCUUCCUCUCUCUCUCUCUUCACCCC